ACCCUGACUGAAAGGAAAUUGAUGAGGUCGAGUCGGUCUAUGACUUUGACGUCGGUUUCCCCCAUACAUUUCUCGCAAAGUUGUUGUUUCCUGCCGACUACCCGGCUGAAUACUGGAUGACAAAACAGCUGGGCGAAGGCGACUGGGUGGAAUCUUCCAAGUCUAUCAUCCACAGCUGGCAUGGAAUCGACCAAUUCAUGGUGCCACACGUCAUCACGAAUCAUGUUCUUAAUCAGCCUCCUCGCAGGCACGAGCAUUAGUUGGCCUUCACAAACUAAAUUCACCAAUUGUAGGACUAAGGCCCCGAGCAAGCCGUUUUUCCCCGCGACGAGCCCGCCAACGGUCGGUCGAAGGCCUCCGCUCGGGGCACUUCUGAGCCCUUUACCUUCACUUGCGCACUACCGCAUCGGACAUUUCCCAGCUCUCCAUCUCCCACGGCGGGUCGCAUAUCAACAGAGCCGGGUCGACGCGUCUUUGUCCGCGUUCCAGAACCCCAUGAUAUCCACGCCGAGCUGCCCAUCGUCAAAAUGAUCCGCCAGCAGGAUCAACCAACCCCUAUUUUGGGAUGCGGAAAGAAGUCCAACCACGGAUGUUCGGCACGGUACACUGUACGGUCGGGGAGACGGUGGGCCACCGUAUCUCAGAAUGCCGAUUG